GCCGCCGCCUACCCCCGGCCUCUGCCGCGUCCCGCCGCACGCAGCUUUCUCCCGGCCGCCGCGGCGGCGUCCCGGCCUCGCAGCGUCCCGCCAGCCAUUUUUUCAGGAGACACAGUAUUGGAGAAGACAGAAAAAUCAGAACAGAAACUGGAGCUAUUCACAGUGACAGUAUUCUCACCUGAAGAGAGAUGGCAGAAAUCAAUUCUCCUGUAAAUAUCAAGGAAAAGAUCAAUGCAAUCCGAUCAAUUGUUCCGAACAAAAGCAAUAAUGAGAUAGUUCUGGUGUUGCAGCAGUUUGAUAACAAUGUAGACAAGGCUGUUCAAGCUUUCAUGGAUGGCAGUGCAACUCAAGUUCUAAAGGAAUGGAAUAUGACAGGGAAAAAGAAGAACAACAGGAAAAAAAGAAGCAAAUCUAAACAGCACCAAGGCAGUAAAGAUCCUAAAAACAAGAAUGGUGGACCUGAGAAGGCAUCUGAAGAGCCCCAGGGAAAGUAUGACUGCCGUCUUAAUGGAUGCUCUAAGGACAUCUCUUGCAGUGGUUCUGCCAGUCGGAAACUGGAAGCCAGUUCUCUUAAGAACAAGGGCUCAGGAUUUGCAGAGUCAGCACUGGUCUGUCCAGAAGUCACAGACAAAGAACAAGAACACCAGAAAGGAUCUGUGGAAUUAAGCCCAAAGCCCAAAGACCAUGGGGUAGAACCGCAUGAGUCUCUCCAGUCAUCAGUUCAACUCCAGUGUAACCUAGGCAAGCCAAAGUCAAAAUCUUCCUCAGUUAAAUCACCCAACACUACGACUCAACCUGAAACAAAGACAGAUGAUUCAGUCAAAAAAAGAGGGCCAAACAUUGAAAAAUCAGUAAAAGACUUGCAGCGUUGCACUGUUUCUCUAAGCAGGUAUCGUAUGAUGAUCAAAGAGGAAGUGGAUAAUUCAGUGAAGAAGAUCAAAGCUGCUUUUGCUGAAUUACACAGCUGCAUUGUAGACAAAGAAGUGUCAUUAAUGGCAGAAAUUGAUAAAGUUAAAGAAGAAGCCAUGGAAAUCCUGACUGCUCGGCAGAAGAAAGCUGAGGAGCUGAAGAGACUGACAGACCUGGCCAGUCAGAUGGCUGAAGCACAACUGUCUGAACUCAGGGCUGAAAUUAAGCAUUUUGUGAGUGAACGGAAGUAUGAUGAAGAGCUGGGCAGGUCUGCUCGAUUCUCCUGUGAUACAGAACAGCUGAAGACCCAAAUUCAGCUCUGUGGAGAAAUAUCUCACCCAAAGAACAACUAUUCCUCAAGAACACCAUGUAGUUCAGUGUUGUCUUCGAUGACCUCACACGGAACGAUUGGCAAGCAAAGUACGCACAGCCGAAAGCCUUCUGGUAAUGCCAGGAACUCUGAUAACACCAAAGCCCAAAGUCAUCAUUCUUCCAACGCUGCAGAGCCGUCUUCCCAAGGAGCUGUGACAAAUAAGCAGAAUGGGCCUUCUAGCCAGAGACGAAGAUUCAACCCACAGCACCAAAAUGUCCGGCUCAAUGGAUCUCUUAAGUCACAAAGUGCCAGUAACGAGGCAGAUCAAAACACUACAAAGAGUGGUACCAGGUCUGAACACAGAAGACAGCAGCAUAACAACUUCAGAUCUAAAAAUAAAGGAGCUGUGAAAAAUCAAGAGCAGUCCACAGCAACAAGGACCACAGAGAACGUGCCGCACUCAGAAAAGAGCAGACGGAAGCAUCCCCCAGCAGACGUGGCAGAUCACAGGCCUUUCCAAGGCAGCGUUGGCAGGGUGUCACAGUGCAAUUUAUGCCCUGCAAGGAUGGAGGUCUCUGCUGAUGCCACUGUUCUUUCAGUGCCCGCUGUGACUUUGGUGGCUUAAAAUGUCACGGCGAUGGCAGACAGAGGAAUUUAAUCUCUUCAUUUUAGUUUCUUGCUCAAGAUGCUUGUCGAGGAAGAAAAUAAGUCAGAAGAUAGUCAUUUUAAAGCUGUUGCUGCUUACAACUCGUUGGUAUCUUUGCUACUUACUAAUUAUCCAAAUGAAUUCAUACCUUCACAGCUUUGCCCACUCUGUUCACAGUUGGUUUGUCAUGACAGUAUAGAAUCUUACCAAAGCAGCAUUUGCUUCUUAGAAAAAUGAAAUCUAGAUUGGAAAAAUAGAUGGAAGUUCAUAAUAGCAAAAACCUGUUGUAGAUACGUGGUUAAUACCAGUCAACAUUAUUGGUUUGGGGUUUGUUUUUUUCUUUUUUUAGAGCAGCCUGUGUUAGAAGGAUCCCAAGAAGCCUGUAUGCUCUGGUCUGCAAUGACAUCAGAUAACCUCAUGGAAUUUUGCAGCACAUCUCUCUCCCCCUCUUUGUGUGUGUGUAUACAUGUACGUGCAUGCACACUGUAUACACAGAGAGUAUACUCCAUUGAAAAAAAGCAGUACAGUUGAUUUUAGCUUCUUGUUCCAUAAUCUGAGACCUUGUAUAAAUUGUAUUAAAUGUAUUACAUAUUGGUAUUUUUCAUUGACAAACUAUUUUUAUGAGGCUGAAGAAAAACAUUUGUUUCUUAAGUUGGGAGUAUGUAUGGUCAUGGCCACUCAGAUGCACAGUCCUAGUCUCCAUCUUCAUCAGGCACUUUUCUAUGACUAGUUGGAUUUAUUUUUUUGUAUAUGAAAAGUUUGCAGGUGUUCUAGACUUGAAUCCAAAUUAUUUUUCUAUAUUUUUGCUGUAGGAACCAUCUGUCCAUUAUGAGAGCUAUGACUAAGAAAUGUGUCACAGCAACAGACAGCAGAAUGUGGAGGUCCAUAUUUGAGCAUAUACAUCCUUUCCAGUUUUCUAUUAAAAGUCUUUAUGUUCUGAUUCUGUAUUUCAGAAAACUCUGUUUCUUCCAAAGAAUUAAAAUCUUU